CCGAAUCCUGCCAGAUCCCCAAGCCACAACUGGCUCAGUCGCUCCCCUGCCUUUAUUCUGUCCCUGGUCAAGACCUCGUAGGGUAGAUACAGUUUAACCCUAGUGAUUGUUCUGGGGUACUUCUGCUGCCCCGUCUGAGGCCCAGCCUUUGUGGCUCUCUGCCUGUCAUUGUCUUGGCUUUGAAUGAAGUCUGACAACUUUGCCCUGCCUUGCAAACCUGGGACACCCACCUCCCUUCCCUUAGUAAAUAGACUCAUGGGAGGUGGUAUAUACUCUACCUGCAGUGCUGCUGAAAUUGGACAUGUUUCCUAAGGCAGCCCGCUGGAGGACCCUGACCUGAAGGACACGUAUCUCAUCCCGAGAAACAUCAUGGCUGAGCCAGACUAUAUAGAUGACGACAAUCCUGAACUAAUUAGGCCUCAGAAACUAGUCAAUCCUGUCAAAACAUCCCGGAACCAUCAAGACCUUCACAGAGAACUUCUUAUGAAUCAAAAAAGGGGACUUGCCCCUCAGAAUAAGCCAGAACUGCAGAAAGUGAUGGAAAAGAGAAAACGAGAUCAAGUAAUAAAGCAGAAGGAAGAGGAAGCACAAAAGAAGAAAUCUGACUUGGAAAUAGAACUAUUAAAACGGCAGCAGAAGUUGGAGCAGCUUGAACUUGAGAAGCAGAAAUUGCGAGAAGAGCAAGAAAAUGCCCCAGAGUUUGUGAAGGUUAAAGGCAAUCUCAGAAGAACAGGCCAAGAAGUGGCUCAAGCCCAGGAGUCGUAGGUCCAGGCUGCAGAAGACCGGGCAGCAGCCCAGCGCACACAAAAAGCGUGUGCCCGGGCCUCCCCAGUACUUAACCUCAGGGCCAAAGCCCCUGGAGAGAAUCCCAGCCAGCAGAGAACUGUUACUUUGAAAAGAGUUUGGUUUUGGUUUUCCUACCAUCCGGGUGGAUCAGUUACCUGUGACUGUUGCAGUUCCUAUUCGCCAAAUGAAGGACGUUGCCCAGCACUUAAGUUGGGAUAAUGGACCUGUGUUCAAAGACUUAAAAAAUAACAACAACAAGAAAAAGAGGAAGAGGACACGGGCAUAAAUUCCUGAGAGUUGCACUACUUGGUUUUUCUUUCAAGCCAAGUUUAGUGGGGCACAGAGCCUUUUUUCUUUUAAAAUGUAAAGAAAAUGUGUUUCGUUCUUCCUUUAGUUACCCAUCGUGCUGAAAUGCGUUUGAUCUAUUACAUCCAGUUUGUAAAUUCUGUUUUCUUGUCUAAUUUACACUCUCACCCACCUUAGGCUUAACACCAGAGAAUGUUAAUAUUCAUGUUGAACAGUUCUUAACCUUUGUCAGCGUUAAGAUUCAGAAGUAGAGUGAGGAGCUCUAAAAAUAUGGGAACAAAGAAAUACGUAAGCAAGACGACGGAAACGUCUGUCUUGAUCUUAUUUCCUUUCCUGUUGGUUCCCUGAUGCUUCACGGUGACCUUCUACUUCAGGGAAGGUCCAUCAUAUAAAUCCAUGUAUUGCUUUGAUAACUGUUAGGGGUUUUGUUUUGUUUUUAUUUUGUUGUUAAGUUUCUUGCUCAGCGAGGCCUUUCACGUGAAAUAAUCUCCCUGUCCUUUGAGGAAUAAAAACUAGUCCGUAUACCCCAA